GGAAGAUUAGAGUCUGUCAAAACGGCCUUUGAACGUGUUUGUCAACAGUCUGACUUCUGAAAUAAAAAACGGCUCUGAAUUAAACUCGACCAAAGAGAUGCUCGGACUCCACUAUUUGUAGUGACUCUCAUCGUCAGGAGGAAUCAUGGCGUUGUUUCGUACAAAGUUUUCGCUGUUAUGGUGCCUUAUUGUUAUGACAGCGCCUGUGAUUAAAGGCGCAGGGAAAGCGAAACUAAUCGAAGAGGACGAGGCCUGUCAGUCCCAAGACUACAUGAUCAGCCUGAGGUCCACUACAGCCUCUUCCGCUGGGCCGGAGCCUGGAGACCCUGCUGCCGCCUUCACUGUCCGGACACUGGAUGGAGAGUUCAGCUAUAAACCUGGAUCUCUGCAGGGUCCUCUCAUCGUCCAUGCCUUCACCAAACAUUCGGGCUUUCUGGAGUGCUUGUGGAGCUCCGAGUCUUCUCUGACCAGUCUGGUGGAGGAGCUUCCGAACAGCACACAGAUCCUCUUCCUGUCUCUGGACGAGUCUUCGGUCACUGAUGCUCAGUGGAUGAGGGAACAGGUGCACCGAGUCGCCCUGCUGAGGGGUAAGAAGGAGAUUCUGUCCCGGCUGCACUUUGCUCCGAUGCCCAUCUUCGCCCUGGGAAACUGGUUACCCACUGUGCUUUACUACUGGGGCUGCUCGUCCCGCAGCUGUCUCCUCUCCCAGGCUGUUUUCACCUCAGAGGAGUGGAAGCUGCCGAUAGUAAUCAAGAGACUAGAUGCCAGGUAUGACUGGCUGAUGACACGAUGGGGUCCAAAGUCACACCAGCUGGUGGAUGCUUAUGACGGCUGUGAUACCUUCCCUUCGGUGGCUGGUGCUGUGGCCUGGGUGUCCGAGGGAAACUGCUCCUUCUUCACCAAGGUGGAGAAUAUGGCCAAAUCCAAUGCCUCCGGUGUCCUUGUCUACGCCCUCCCUGGUAACCCGCUCCAGGACAUGAACUGCGAGGGAGACGACUGCGACACAACGUUGAACAUCCCUGCUUCCAUGGUGCAUUUUGAGCCUUCGGUUGCUCAAGUGCUUGAAUCUGGACAACCAGUGUUUGUGACCUUCCAGAUCACGCCGUCCCCCAGUGGAUUCUUCAGUAUUGACCCAUGGGGGUCACUGGCUGAGAUGGGCUGGUUCCUUUACCCCUCGUUCAGCUUCAUCAACUGGCAGGCACAGUGGUUUGAUUUCUAUGCAGAGCUGCAGACAAAGCUUCAAAGACCUGCAAAGAUCAUUCCCAUAUUUGACAGAGAGCUGAUGCAAGGGGAAAAAGGAGCGGUCGCUACAGUUGACCUGCCGCUAGACAUGUUGGAAUAUGACCUGCUGGAGCUAGACGCGUCACUGUCGUGUCCCGGCAGGAGAGACUCAACCUGCGCUCACUGGGAUCACACGGUGCAGCUGUUUGUGUGCUGCGAUCAAACUGGUCCGUACUGCAACACCGAGCUGGGACGAUGGAUCACUGCUUUCCGCAGAGGCACUGGACGCUGGCUGACAGAUGUCUCUCCUCUGCGCCCCCUGCUGGACAGCAACAAAUGCACAUUCACUAUGAAGACAGUGCCAUGGGCGAUGCCGUGGCACACAUCCCUCAACCUGAGAUUCAGUGUCAGCAAUCAGACAGCCACAGGAAACUUCACAGAAGACGGCGAUGAAGAGAGCCUACUCCCCUUCAGAGUGAUGCCUCUGUACAGCGGAGGAACCUUCGACAAAAACUACAACAAGAGAUUCAAGCCAAUCAAAUUCUCUGUUCCGACUUCAACCAAAAAGGUUGAGCUGUACGCCGUCAUCACAGCACACGGCUACGACAACAACAAAUGUGGAGAGUUUUGUGUCACCUCCCAUAACUUCCUGUUCAACGCGUUUUAUAACAACACGCUUGUUUUUGAUUCAGCAGGGUCACCUCUGGGUUGUGCCAUGCGGGUAAAAGAAGGUGCAGUACCAAAUGAACACGGUACGUGGCUGUACGGACGCGGAGGCUGGUGUGAUGGACUGCAGGUUGAUCCCUGGAGGAUUGAUAUCACCAAACAGCUAGACAUCAGUGGGUCUGAGUCAAACACUGUUGUCUACUUCGGCCUGUUCAACGGGACGGAUCCUAAUCCAUCCAAGGAUCCUGGAUACAUCAUCAUGUCCUCUUUUCUUGUCUUCUACAAAUGAUGCCUCUUUGUAGCACUAAAAAAUGAAUAAUUCACUGGAUAAAAGGAAACAACACUGAAUGUAAAAUCAAGCCAAAGAUUAAAUGUCUA